CGGGUGUUGUGGAUGGUCAAAGCCUUGCUGCACCUCGCCGCUUCGCAGGAGAUUUACGCGCCGCACUCCAUACGGGUGGAGGGCGACGUGACGCUGGGUGGGCUCUUCCCCGUCCAUGCCCGAGGGGUCCCGGGGACGCCGUGCGGGGAUAUCAAGAAGGAAAACGGCAUCCACCGGCUGGAGGCGAUGAUGUACGCCCUGGACCAGAUAAACGGCGACGACGAGCUGCUGCCCAACAUCACCCUCGGCGCCCGGGUGCUGGACACCUGCUCCCGGGACACGUACGCGCUGGAGCAGUCGCUCAUUUUCGUGCAGGCGCUCAUCCAGAAAGACACGUCGGACGUGCGGUGCACCAACGGCGAGCCGCCGGUGUUCGUCAAGCCCGAAAAAGUUGUCGGAGUGAUUGGAGCCUCGGCCAGCUCCGUGUCGAUCAUGGUGGCGAACAUACUACGCCUCUUUCAGAUCCCCCAAAUUAGCUACGCUUCCACGGCCCCCGAGCUGAGUGAUGACCGACGUUACGACUUCUUCUCCCGUGUGGUGCCCCCUGACAGCUUCCAGGCCCAGGCCAUGGUGGACAUCGUGAAGGCCAUGGGCUGGAACUACGUGUCCACCGUUGCAUCAGAAGGCAGCUAUGGAGAGAAGGGGGUGGACGCGUUCAUGCAGCUCUCCAGAGAGGCAGGAGGAAUCUGUAUAGCCCAGUCACUGAAAAUCCCCCAUGACCACAAACCUUCUGACUUUGACAAAAUCAUCCAUUUCCUGCUGGACACACACUACGCCAGAGCUGUCAUACUCUUUGCCUCUGAUGAGGACAUCAGGGGUCUCUUGAAUGCAAGUAAGCGAGCAGACCAGUUGGGCCAUUUCCUGUGGAUUGGCUCAGACAGUUGGGGAGCAAAGAACAGCCCUAUCCACCAGCUUGAGGAUGCCGCUAUAGGGGCUGUUACGAUACUGCCAAAGAGAGCCACUAUAAGUGGAUUCGAUGCUUACUUCACAUCACGGACACUGGAAAACAACAGGCGGAACGUGUGGUUUGCCGAGUACUGGGAGGAAAACUUCAACUGCAAACUAAUGAGCUCCUCCAAGAAAGACGAGAGCAGCAGAAAGUGUACUGGCCAGGAGCGGAUUGGAAUCGAUUCAAAGUACGAGCAGGAAGGUAAAGUCCAGUUUGUAAUAGAUGCGGUGUAUGCCAUGGCCCAUGCCCUCCACAACAUGCAGAGAGAUCUGUGUCCGGAGUACUCGGGGAUCUGUACAGAGAUGGAGCUGGCUGGAGGAAAGAAGCUGCUCAAGUACAUCCGAAGUGUCAGCUUCAAUGGAAGUGCCGGAACCUCAGUGACGUUCAACCGUAACGGUGAUGCCCCUGGGCGCUAUGAUCUAUUCCAGUACCAGUGGAACAAUGGGACUGGACCAGGCUACCGCGUCAUUGGACAGUGGAUGGAAACUCUACAGCUUAAUGUCGAGGAUAUGCAGUGGCCCAGAGGAGAGCAAGAGAUCCCCAGCUCGGUAUGCAGCCUGCCCUGUAAACCUGGCGAGAGGAAAAAGGUGGUGAAUGGGAUGCCCUGCUGUUGGCACUGUGAGCCUUGUGAUGGCUACCAGUACCAGCACAACGAGUUCACUUGCAAGCUGUGUGCCUACAACAUGAGGCCCAAUGCCAACCGCACCACUUGUCAGCCCAUCCCUAUUGUAAAGCUGGAGUGGCACUCACCCUGGGCAGUGAUACCGGUUUUCCUGGCCAUGCUCGGUAUAAUUGCUACGAUUUUUGUCAUGGCAACGUUUAUAAGGUACAACGACACGCCGAUUGUCAGAGCGUCUGGGAGGGAGCUGAGCUAUGUUCUCCUGACAGGAAUAUUUCUGUGUUACAUCAUCACGUUCCUGAUGAUCGCUAAGCCAGAUGUGGGCGUGUGCUCGUUCAGGAGGAUUUUCCUUGGCCUAGGGAUGUGCAUCAGUUAUGCUGCUCUCCUCACCAAAACCAACCGUAUCUACCGCAUCUUUGAACAGGGUAAGAAGUCAGUGACAGCCCCUAGACUGAUCAGCCCCACCUCCCAGCUGGCAAUUACCUCAAGCCUCAUCUCAGUCCAGCUCCUGGGGGUGUUCAUUUGGUUUGGGGUCGACCCACCCAACACAAUCAUAGACUAUGAUGAGCAGAAGACCAUCAAUCCAAAUCUGGCCCGGGGAGUAUUGAAAUGUGACAUAACAGAUCUUCAGAUUAUCUGUUCAUUAGGUUAUAGUAUCUUGUUGAUGGUGACAUGUACUGUUUACGCUAUAAAGACCCGCGGGGUCCCAGAAAAUUUUAACGAGGCCAAACCCAUUGGCUUUACCAUGUACACAACCUGCAUCGUAUGGCUGGCUUUCAUACCCAUCUUCUUUGGUACAGCACAGUCUGCAGAAAAGAUGUACAUCCAGACGACUAUGCUGACCAUAUCCAUGAACCUUAGUGCGUCGGUGGCUCUAGGGAUGCUGUACAUGCCCAAGGUCUAUGUCAUCAUCUUCCACCCGGAGCUCAAUGUGCAGAAGAGAAAGCGCUCUUUCAAAGCCGUGGUCACGGCUGCCACCAUGUCAUCUCGUCUCUCACACAAGGUCAGCGACAGACCCAACGGAGAGGCCAAAACAGAGCUGUGCGAGAAUGUCGACCCAAACAGUCCAGCAGCAAAGCAGAAAUAUGUGAGCUACAAUGACCUUGUGAUCUAAUGACAUCCCUCCAUCAGAAAGAGAGACCGAAAGAGAGAUGGAAAAUGAGAGUGAUGGUUGGUCUUCUGUUUCUAUGGCUAAAAACAAACAAAAAAAAGGAAUAAAGAAGAG